AUGACCUGCAAGAGCGAGCAAGGCAGGCCGACGCGGAAGCUCGAGUGGAACUGUUGCGCAGCAGCAGGGGUGGGGAUGAAGGGGCGCUACCUUCAACAGAGAGACGAGACGAGCCUUCCUCUUCAUCAUCUUCGCGGGAUUCCAUCUCGCGACCUUGGCGUCAACUCGGGCAAGGGCAAGGGCAGGCACGCCGACGGGGACCCGCCAGGCGUCUAUCUCUCUGAUCCGGCCCUAGCGCAAGACGGACCAGCAUGGUACGCCUCGCCCGAUCUGCAGGGUCCCAAGCAGCGCCGCAAGACGGAAGAACAACGCCUCGAGGAUGCAUACAAGGAUACACGAUCCAAGACGAGCCAUGAUCCGCUUACGGCCAUGGAGGGGUUUUUGGCCAAGAGGGAGGAGGCCAAGAGGAGCAGCAGGGUUGAUGCAGAUGAGCAGGAGGCGGAGAGGGGAAGAGGGCAGGGGCAGGGAGGCAUCAGCUCGUACAAGCAUUAUGUGCAGCCAUCGACCUCGCGAGAGGAUGAUGGCGAGACGCAGGCGCAGAGCCAGGAUUUUCAAGGGCGCCCAAAGAACAUCGAUCCGGGCGGCAUCGCCGCAGCGAGCGAGAUGACGAGCAUAGACGAAGCAGACGACGUGGAGACGGGCGAUCUCGCCGAGAAGAGCGGCACACCGGGACUAGAGCUGGGUACGACGAGCCACGUCGACCGGAUAGGCACCGCAGAGAGGAGGAUCAUCAAAGUCGAAGGAGAGGUCGAGGAGAUGAGGGACGACGCAGCCACCGUGGACGAGAGCGCUCCUGCUCCUCGCCACGCCGACACGAGCGGAACCACCAGCGCGGCGAACGACAGCGCGGUGGACGACAGCACGCAGCACGACAGCACGGAUAGCCUCCUCGCAGCACCACGCAGUCCCUACGCGGGCGAGUCAAUGUACCCCGUCCUCCUUGGUGAGAUGAUCGACACGGUGCUCGGUGCAGAAUCGCACCUCUUCGACGAACGGGAGACGCUGGUGCUCACGCAUUACGCACGGCUGCCCUACGAGGCGCGCUACCUCUUCUCGCGGCUGAUCCAGCGCAAGGACACCUGGCAUCGUCUCGAAGCUCUACGUCAGGCCUACGCCACUGAGAUUGUCGACAUCGAAGCAGCCAUAGCCGCUCUUAUCGGCGUGGAGACACGGCCGGAGACGGAGGCAGCGCACCCGCGCUUCCUCAUCACGCACGAGGACGCCACCCCUGCUGGUCAGGAGGAGCUACUGCACCUUCUCACCCUCGACGAGCUCAAGGUCCUCGCAAAACGCAUGCAAACACCAAAGGCGGGCACAACAAAGGGAAGCAUCAUUGCUGCCCUGCUCACAACGCGCAGUCAGGGUACGCUCGCCUCGCAUUUCUUCGCAUCCUCCUCACCGCGCAAGCCCGGGACCGCUGCACAGCCUGCGCCGCCCCCCUCGGCAGCAUCAUCAUCGUCGUCGUCUCGCCAGCUCUCCCUCAGCUUCACCUCCUCGGGCCGCAAGUCUUCUCAAUCCACCCGCCUCGCACACCAAGUCACCGCCCUUCUCGGGCCCCUACUCCGCCUCUCCCCCUCGGUGCGAAGCCUAAUCGAUCGCGUCGCCUUUGUCUUCUACCGCGGCUCCAUGCUAGGCGGCACCGCUCUCACCACGGCUGUCCUCUCUCGGUCUAGACGCCGCAACUACCCGCGCUACCAGACACAGCGAUCCCCGGACCUGUGGGGGAGUCGGGAGGAGUUGUUAAGGUACGAGGAGGCAGUCGCGAUGGAGAAUCGGAUGGAGGAGCUGCUACAGUGGGGGGAUGGGAGUGAGGCCACAUUCCAGAAGGCGUUGGAGCUAUUCGAGAGCGUGUGGCCCGUUUGGCGAGAGACGGUUCGCGAGCUGGACGCUCAGCAGCAGACGCCAAGCAACGCCGACGCCAGCCGCAGUGCGCCCGCGUAUCAUCGCAAACGCUUCCACUCUGGCUGGCCUCAAACGCGCAUAGUCUACAAAGGCUGCACGGUCCUCGCUCGCUUCAAGCUGCACGACCGCGAAGCAGAGGUACUCCGUGCCCUCCUCGCGCAACGCCAUUUCCGUCGGGGCAAACGCGGCGAGUGGUACGAUCGUCUGGCGCUCAUUACUGCGAUGUACUCCGCGGGUCUCGGAGAGGACAAGAGUGAGGCGGCCAAGAUGCGCGCAAAGGGCGAGGCCCUGACGAUCGCUGUGGCGGGCGUGGAAGAUCGCGAUACGCACCUGAUUUACCACGAUCAGCUACAGCGCCGUAUCGUUAGGCUGGAGGGACAGCUCCCCAUUCCCAAGGGGGAGAAGCACGAUUUCUCCUAUGCGAAGCUGAAGAAGUGCAAGGAGCGCACCUUCUCCGGGAUUAGGCUCGACGUUAUGGAUCAUGAGAGUGGAGCCGUGGAUCUCGCUGCGGGUCAGACGUUGCUUGCUCCCCUGCCUAGCCCGACGGGGACGGGGAGGGGGAGGAGCCCCACAAAGGGCGGGUCGCCGAUCAAGGGAGAUGGGGCAGCUUCUCCUGAUACCGCGAUGAGCUCGACGCCUACCUCUUCGACACCGCAGGGCUCCCGAUUCCAAGCGCGCGCCCCGCUACGCAAGAUAGUCAGGGUGGAGCGCCAAGUCUCCCCGCUGAAGGGAGCGCGGCCUAUGAAACGCGACCUUUCGAGCAGCUCCGACCUCCUCCUUCCUCCCAGCCCUCUCGACUCGCCUGGGGGUAACGUCAACGACAUGGGUCUGACGCGCAGCCCGAGCUCUAGCAGCCUACUAGACGCGUCCUCUCUUCCCGACUCUGUCCUCUCCCAAUACUACGAAACAACCCGCAAGGAGCGUCGCCGCGACAUGCACUCCGUCUGGCGCGGUCCGUCGGACGGCUCACCCUGUCGCGUCGAGUCCCUAGUCCUGCAGCGCUACGCUCAAGAAGGGUACGUGGGGAGGCACGACGAGGGAGGGAUGUUGAAGAUGCUCUUCGCCCUCUGUAUGUGGGACGUGCUCUUUGCCAGCGGAGAGGUACGCGCGCCCGACGGAGGGAGCGUGGUGGUGACCGACGUCUUCGAGACGCCCUACCAACGCGCACCUCUCGAUUUGGCAGAGGACGCUUUCGCCGUAACCCGCGCGGCGCUCAUUCGUCCCCGGCUUGCCCUCAUAUCCAACGGAGGCGCGCCGCAGCUGGUGGCAGAAGUCGAUGAGCGAGAGCGCGCCCGUGCUACAUGGGCGGUAGGGUGUCGCUGGGACGCUUUUUCGCGCGAGGAGCUCCUCGAGGUGGCCGAGCUGAUGCCGGGCCCGGCGCUCGCCUUUGUGUUCCAGAUGAUGUGCGAGGAGUGGGGGCAUUGUAGUGGUGGUAUGCCCGAUUUGAUCGUCUGGCGGCCGCGUGCCGAGGAGGGGCAGAUCGCAAUCAAGAAGGAGGAGGAGGCGGAGGAGAAUGGUGGUCAGGGACCCUCGGUCAAGCUGUGCGAGGUGAAAGGGCCCGGCGACAAGUUGAGCGAAACGCAAAAGGUGUGGAUCGAUGUGCUUUUGCGCGCUGGGUUGGAGGUGGAGGUCAGUCUGGUGAGAGAGAAGGGCGACGAGGGCGACGAGGGCGACGAGGAUGAGGGGCCGCCUGGGACGAGGAAGAGCGCCAGUCCUGUCAAGAAGGAGGCGACGUCGAAGAGAGCGGGGUGGUUGACUGUUGGCAAGGGCACGAAGAAGGGAUGA